UCCACAGUGGUCAGCAAGAUCCACAUAUAAUCUCCCCAUCAAAGCUGAGUGUCAGUAUUGCAGUAUCCAUCUGGACAAACACUGAGAACCAUGAUGAGAACAGCAAUCCUCUUUCUGCUCCUGAAUCUUUGGGUAACCUGUCUGGCUCUGCAGUGCAUGGAAGUGCCAGGCAGGCUGAAGCAGAUUGAUGCUGGGAAUGGACAGGUGUUUGGAGUGUGCCCAAAAGGUGAGAUCUUCACCCUGUAUGGAUCCAGCUUUAUAAGAUUACAAGGACUGCUGAAGCACGUCAGUGUGGGACCUGCCGGUGUCUGGGGAGUCAAUUCAACUAAUCAGAUCCACAAACUUGUGAAGGGAGAUUGGGUCCCUGUUCCAGGCACGCUAAAACAGGUGGACGCUGGAGGAAAAAUGUUCGCAGCAGGUGUCAACCCAGGCGGUUUGGUCUUCUGCCUCAGUGCAGAAGCCACCACUAAAUAUGCAGGGCCAGGUAGUCCUGCUUCUUGGACACAACUCCCAGGAAAGCUGAAGUACUACAGCUGUGGACCGUACAGUUGCUGGGGAGUAAACUUAGCAGAAGAAGUAUUCCUUAUGAAGGGCGUCACUCCGACUGCUUGUGCUGGCUCCUUAGAAUGGCAGCAGAUACCUGGAGCUCUUUCUAUGAUUGAAGUUUCUACUGAUGGAAAAGUGUAUGGGCUUGAUUCAGAAGGAGAUGUCCAUCAAAGGGAAGGUGUCGCGCCUUGCAACCCUGCCGGCACCGGGUGGCGCAAAAUCAACCUUUCUCAGAAAGUCAAACAUGUUUCCUACGAUCUCGGCCACCUGUGGCUUGUCGGCAGAGAUAACCACAUCACAUACUGCACUGAAUAAAACAUAAUACAAAAUUCAAAGUUCUCACAUCAUGAGCAGAAACCUAGAGGCCUUCUACAAAAUCCAUAGUCAUCUCUUUACUAAUUCACUUUUGCUUGUGUAUUUGACCAAAUAUUGCAAAUAGUGUUAUUAAACACAAUUGAAUAAAUAGUUAUUCUGAUUAAGCACAUUUGAAAA